AGAAGUUAUGUCAAAUCCAUUGAUUAAGUCCUAUAUAAUAGCUAAGCUAUAAAUUUUUUUUAGUUACGAACUCAGUCAUCUACCUUGGCCUCUUCAAAGAAGUCAUAAAAGCCUCUAUCAAUAGCAAACCCAAAUAAAUUAUUUUCUUCUAAAUAGAUGAGCUGAGUGUUAGGUAUACUUAAUACAUUAAAACAAAUAUAGAAUUAAAUUAAAUAAUUUUAAUAUAGAAAAAGAAAAGGGUAUGCAAGUAAUUGCAACCUUCCACCUUUACUCUUUAGAUGUGUGGCUCCUGGCACUCUGGCAAAGUCACCAAAGGCUGACACAAGCUCACGUAGAGCAUCCACGGAGUGACAGGUAGAUGAGAUUACACUCAAAUGGAUUACGCUGCUUCAAGUCAUUGCAACUCUGCAUCGGUUGAAUACUAUCCUUGAAAAAAUAAAAAAAAGGGAGGAAAGAAAAAGACCCACAACGAAAUCAAUCACAGAAACUUGAUCUUCUUGCCAUCGCUGAUUUCCUUAAUCAGUUUCCUUACAAGCCACUUCUCUCUCUCUCCCUCCAACUCCCACAGGUUUAAAAACUCUUUUCAAUCCGUGAAGCUUCACAAAUUUUCAGUUUGUUUUUGUAUCUAGAGAGAAUGGCAAGUGGGGAUCCAGAGAGAGGGACAAAGAACAGAGGAUACAACACCGCAAACGUCCACUACGUGGAAACCUCGGAUAAGCUAUGGACAUCAUGGUUGAUUCCUAUAUUUGUUGUCGCUAAUAUUGCUGUGUUCAUUGUGGUCAUGUAUGUCAAUAAUUGUCCCAAAAACAAUCUGGAUUUUUAUGGUAAGUGUGUUGCCAAGUUCCUUGGCAGGCUAUCGUUUCAGCCUUUGAAAGAGAAUCCUCUUUUUGGUCCAUCUUCUUCCACAUUGGAAAAAAUGGGAGCCCUGGAGUGGAACAAGGUAGUGCAUGAGCAUCAAGGAUGGAGACUCAUCACUAGUAUGUGGUUGCAUGCAGGAGUUAUACAUCUGCUAGCAAAUAUGCUGAGCUUGAUCUUUAUUGGGAUUCGCCUUGAACAGCAAUUUGGAUUUGUGCGAGUUGGGAUAAUCUACCUAUUAUCAGGAUUUGGGGGAAGCAUACUCUCUUCACUCUUUAUUCAGCGAAAUAUCUCUGUUGGUGCCUCUGGUGCCUUGUUUGGCCUUCUUGGAGCAAUGUUAUCAGAGCUUCUUACUAACUGGACUAUCUAUGCUAACAAGAUUGCAGCUCUAAUGACUCUUGUGAUCAUUAUCGCCAUUAACUUGGCUGUAGGAAUUCUUCCACAUGUUGACAACUUUGCACACAUUGGAGGUUUCUUGACUGGUUUUCUCCUGGGCUUCGUUAUACUACUUCGUCCACAGUUUGGGUGGCAUGAAAGCCGGCAUCUUCCCGCUGAUACUCGUGUAAAGUCUAGGCACACGGCUUAUCAGUAUGUGUUAUUACUGGUUGCCGUGGUUUUACUUAUUGUUGGAUUCACUGUGGGUUUGGUAAUGCUGUUCAGAGGAGUGAAUGGGAAUGAUCAUUGCAGCUGGUGCCAUUAUCUAAGUUGUGUGCCUACCUCAAAGUGGAAAUGUGAUAACUGAUUGAUAAUUUGUAGGAACCUUGUUAAUGGAUUCUUUUUUCUUUUUCUUUCUUUCUUUUCCUUUUAUUCUUUUCUUUGAUUUUUAUUUAUUAUUUGUUCAUUUGUUUGGGAUGCUUUCAGACUAUUUGUACAUGAAAAAUGAGUUGUAUUAUGUAAUGUUGGUUUCCUAUUAUACAAA